GUGCAUUUGGCGAUCGGCAUAGGGGCCCUGCACGGCGUUGGUGCCGGGGAAGAUCAUUUGUGUCCCGACACCCAAAGAACAGGGGUUCUUGGUCCGGGGAGCAGUUCCGGUCGCCCCGUAAACCCUUAGACCCCGGAUGAUCGUUGGCCCUGUAUGCAGUCCUACCAUCCCUACAGCCUCGAAUUGUGACAGGAAGGCUCGAGACGGUGAAGGCUCCGGUCAUAUAUCACCUUCGUUAUUCUCCCUGUAUUUUACAACUGUAAAGAUCUCCGAUGCCGCGCAGAGUUCACUCAUCUUUUCGGACGUCUAAACGGCACUGUACCAACGCGCGUCUCCGUGCUGCCAUUUGACAUAAAAGCCCUUUCAGAGCGCUUUAGGAAUCCGCAUUUGGAAUCAUAUCCUGACUCUUCAUGAACUUUUAAGGCUGGCACCAACAAAGAUUAUUUUAUUCACAUUAACCCUUGCCAUAAUAAUCCUAGCAAAGAUUCGCCUUUAUUCACUUCCUCGCACUCGAUAUAUAUUUAACCCUCUUCAUUGCAAUGGCUGCCUCCUCACCAAAGUUCGAUUCCGACGAAGAAUUCCAAAACGCGAUCAUGGAAAGCGCAGGUAUCAAAGGAACUUCAAGCUCCCCGGGCCCCGCCUCAUCCAAGAAUGACUGUCACAUCGCCCUCAUCAAGACCAGCGACAGCCCUGUGCCAUGGUGCGACGAAUUUGAGAAUAUGAUAUCAGGCAUGGAUUUCGACGCCCGCAAUGCCCCAGCAAUGAUGGAGCACAAAUUCAGAAUCAUGCAACUCCUGCGCAAGUUCAACGAUCCCGCGCGCCUCGACGAGCCCGGCAUCAGUCUCGCGAAGCUCCGAAGCAACGGCGCUGAGAUACUCAAGCAAGCACUUGGGAAAAUCGGGGUAAACUCUGUCGUCGAGACGCCCCUGUACGCCAUCUUCGGCUGCAACACGUUCAUCGGCUCAACCGUCUAUGCAAACCAUGGCCUCGCCAUCCACGACUCAGCGCCCGUCACAAUUGGUGACCGCUGCCACAUCGCCCCCAACGUGACCAUCAUUACAGAAAGCCACGGCGUUGACGUCGCGCCACGGCGUGCGGGGCUCCUCUACGCGCGUCCCGUCUCUAUUGGCGACGACUGUUGGAUCGGCACCAACGUUGUCAUCCUGCCUGGUGUAACGAUUGGGAAGGGCUGCACGAUCGGGUCAUGUGCUGUGGUGUCGAAGAAUAUCCCCGAUUUCAGUGUUGCGGCUGGGGUGCCCGCGAGGGUCAUCAAGAAGUUGGAGGAUCCGGAUGCGCUGGUGAAUGGGUUCGAGGAGUAGGGGUGUGAGUAGAUCCUGUGGCAAGGCUGGUGUUUAUGUUGGAUUUUUUUAAGACGUUUCUUUCGUGAUUGAGGCGCUGUUGGACAGGUUGUGUGGAUUUUCCACUUGGUUGGAGCAAGGGUGGGAGAACUGGAAUGCGGGGUGGGAAUAUAGACAGUAUCGCUCGGGCGGAAUUUUGCAGUUAAUUUAAUAUAUCGAUGAUUUAUU